AUGCAUCAACGCUCACUUUUGGGAUGCCUCGCGCUCCUGUUGCCCGUCUUUGUCUCCGGCGUCCCUUCUCCCAGGAACUCGGUCGAGAAGCGUCAAGACUGUGUCUUUGACUCUGCUCUCAAUCCUUCCUGCUGGGAUGGCACCCACGAUCUCUCGACCAACUGGUACGAGGAGGCCCCCAAGACCGGGGUCGUCCGCGAGUACUGGUUCGAUGUCACCAACACCACCAUGGCUCCCGACGGCGUCGAGCGCAUGGUUCUGUCCAUCAACGGAUCCGUUCCUGGCCCGACUAUCAUUGCUGACUGGGGUGACACUGUCGUGGUCCACGUGAAGAACUCCCUUCAGAACAACGGCACCAGCAUCCACUUCCACGGUAUCCGCCAAAACUACACCAACGAGGCCGACGGCGUUGCCUCCAUCACCCAAUGCCCAACUGCUCCGGGCGACUCCAUCACUUACACGUGGCACGCGUCCCAGUAUGGUAGUUCGUGGUACCAUAGCCACUUUGCUCUCCAAGCCUGGAAUGGCGUCUUCGGAGGAAUAAUCGUCCGUGGUCCUGCUUCCGCCCCCUACGAUGAAGACCUCGGCACCAUCAUCCUCAGCGACUGGUUCCACCGCACCACGGAUGAGCUCUACGAGGAUGCCGCCUCCGCCGGCCCUCCCCGCGCGCAGACGGGUCUCAUCAACGGCGUCGGCAAGUACGGCGACCUCGGCUCGCGCUUCACGACGGCCUUUGAGAGCGGCAAGUCGUACCGCAUGCGCCUCGUCAACGCCGCCAUCGACACGCACUGGAAGUUCAUGAUCGACAACCACACCCUCGAGGUCAUCUCGGCCGACUUCGUGCCCAUAAACCCCUACAGCGUCUCGGACGUCUCCAUCGGCAUUGGCCAGCGCUACGACGUCGUCGUGCGCGCGAACCAGGCUGCCGGCGACUACUGGCUCCGCGCCAUCCCCCAGCUCGCCUGCAGCGAUAACGAGAACACCCUCGACAUCAAGGGCGUCGUGCGCUACGACCCGUCGUCGACAUCUGACCCGACGGGAGAGGUGCCGACGUACAUGGACACCUGCGCCGACGAGCUCAUGUCUAAUCUGGUCCCCGUCGUGGCGAUCGAGGCCGGGCAACAGAGUUAUGACGAUACGCUCACUGUCGGUCUACAGGUCAUCGCCAGCCAGUUCAAGUGGACUUUGAAUGCCAACACCUUCCUGUCCGACUGGGAUUACCCGAGUAAGUGGCCGCCAUCCGUCAUUCGAUCGUGCCACAUGCUAACAUGGGAAACCGCAGCUAUCGAGCAGGUACUCGAAGGCAACGACACAUACUCGGUGCAGCAGAACAUUGUCCAACUCAAUGAAGCCAACGUCUGGGUGCACUUCAUCAUCCAGAACCCCAUAGGUCUUACCCACCCCAUCCACCUCCACGGUCACGACUUCUGGGUCCUCGCCCAGGGCUCCGGCACCUACGACUCUUCCGUCGCGCUGCAGACCGUCAACGCCCCGCGCCGCGACGUCGCCAUGCUGCCGGCGUCCGGAUACCUCGUGAUUGGCUUCUACACCGACAACCCGGGCGUCUGGCUGAUGCACUGCCACAUCGGCUGGCACACUUCCCUUGGCUUCGCGCUCCAGCUCAUCGAGCGCCCGGCCGAGAUCGCCGCCCUCACCAACGCCGACACGGUGAAUAGCACCUGCGCCAACUGGAGGGCCUACGCCGAGGCGGAGUCGGUCUACCAGGAGGACUCUGGGGUCUAAACCACAAGACAUACACCACAACGGCCUCUGACACUUCCGACAUAUGCGACGACAGCGUCAUGAACUUUCUCUUAUAUCUUGCUUUUCCAUGCUUCUUGUUUGUGUCUGUAUUUUAAUUCGGCAGCAUAUCAUGCCGCAAUCGACUUCUGCACAUCUUUCUUCUCUUCUGUAAUGUAUGUAUCGAUAAUUAUAAUGAUAUCAACUGCUUCAGCCUGUAUAAUUAUGCUGCAAACGUCUCAUUCUAUUGCCGUCAUUGUCGUUUCUUGGGUCCCGAAGCUUAUCCUAACAAGUGCCGAGCCCGGGUGUGGAUCCCCUUCCGCCAUAUUAUGGGGCAAUCCGCGGUGUUGAGCCGUGCCGACUCUGGUGGGUCCACUCGGCCGGAUGCCGGCUGUGGCGUCAUUCCGGCUUUCCCCCAUGUGUUUUUGGCUUAAUGACCGGCAGGGGGGGGUUCGUCCUGUUCAAAACUUCUAACGGCAGGGGAAACCACAACCGUCGCCAUAUUCAUUGGAGCGCUACUGGGCUCACUAGAACUCGUCUCUGCACGUCCUCGUCUUUUCCCGGCCACUUGACGCCGUCAGCGUGACCAAUACGACGCAUCUGAUGUCACAUCACAAGCGUGUUCGUAGACCUGCCCUCCCCGGACAUCGUUCGACACUUUGUGACGGUUCACGCGCUAUUGGUACGGAUUUUGCGGAGUGCUCCGCUGGACCCCAGUCCCUUUCAACUCCCCACCCCCAUCCUCCCAACUCCCCCGCACUCUUGCCUCUAACCCCGGAUUAUGACGCUUCUUUCUUGGGUGCGUGAACUUUUCCGUC